UCCCUCCAACGGUCAUACUGCGUCGGCCAUUUGUAUUUGCGUGACAGGAAAAAGUUCUGUGAAAAUCGAACAAGAAUUUCAGCAAGCAAGUCAACCACAUCGUCUGAUUUAAACUGGAAAAAAUGGGAUCACGCAACGAGUGCCGCAUUUAUGUGGGUAACCUGCCGCCGGACAUCCGCACCAAGGACAUCCAGGAUCUGUUCCACAAGUUCGGCAAAGUUACAUUUGUCGACCUGAAGAAUCGGCGUGGUCCGCCAUUUGCUUUUGUUGAGUUCGAAGAUGCGCGCGAUGCCGAUGAUGCGGUUAAGGCGCGCGAUGGCUACGACUACGACGGGUACCGCCUACGCGUGGAAUUCCCACGGGGCGGUGGUCCGGGCAGCUAUCGCGGCGGCAACCGCAACGACCGCAGCCGGGACGGCGGCGGACGCAUGGGCGGACGCGGACCCCCGGCCAAGCGCUCACAGUAUCGCGUCAUGGUCACCGGACUGCCCGCCUCCGGAUCGUGGCAGGAUCUCAAGGACCACAUGCGCGAGGCCGGCGACGUCUGUUUCGCAGACACCUACAAGGACGGGUCCGGCGUGGUGGAGUUCCUGCGUCACGAGGACAUGAAGUACGCCAUCAAAAAGCUGGACGACUCUCGCUUCCGUUCGCAUGAGGGCGAGGUUGCCUACAUUCGCGUACGCGAGGAUAGCGGUGAUAACGAUCGCAGUGGUGGUGGCGGCGGCGGUAGUGGAGGAGGUGGUGGUGGCGGCGGCGGUGGUGGAGGAGGAGGCCGGGACUACCGCGACAGAUCUCGCUCGCGUUCUUUCUCGUCACGACCUCGUCGUCGUGGCACACCAACCUACUCCCCAGUGCGACGUCAAUCUUAUUCCAGGUCUCGCUCUCGCUCUAACUAUUAAACACUACCAAGCAUUAUCCAUUAAUAUAUAAUAUUUCUACGAGCAGGAAACAUUAGGAAAAGCAAGCUAAAUUAAGAAAGCCCAUUGAAUAUUUGUUCAAGACCGACCCCCACAUAUACCACUUUGUAAAUUGACUAUUCAAGCCAUCUGCGAACCAAUCAAGUUUGAUCAUUCAAAUUCCGAACUCUCAUCGAAGCCAACAUACAAACAUAUUUCAAAAACAACUUGCUUUUCCAACUGUAUCACACGUUCUAAGAAGCAGAGAUGUUCUCUUAAAUUAUAAUCCACCGGAAAUAAUUUGACAAAAACUGUUCAAAAAUGGCACUGGUAAACCAGGGAAUUCUCUUUGGCUACAACCCGUCGGCAUUCCUUGAUUUGCUUUUGUCUUAUUUUGAGCCUUUGCCUCUGCACACUAAAAUUAUAAUAUAAACUGAACUUUGGCUGCAUAUUCACCAAGCGUAAUUUAUUAGAAUCUACCUUAACGAAAACAAGAAACAUCGAUACAGAAUAAAUAUGUCUAUAAUGAGAGAAAGAAACAGAAACCCGAACACAACGCAAUGUCAACCACAUUGAAAAACAAACUAUUAAUACUUUAA